AUGUUACAUAAUGAUCUUUCCAAUCCUAAUGAAGAUUCUGGUUCUAUAAACGACAAUGAUCGACGGCAGUCUAUUUUGGCUACAUCCAGUCCACAAACAGAUUCGUUACCAAUUGACUGUAUUCUAGUAUAUGGUCGUGAUGAUGAUUCUGAUAAUGAUGAAGACAAUUAUAAUAAUCCUGAACCUUACAUGAGUCCUUCGGAAAGAAGAGAAAGAUUUGAAGAUUAUCUUAAAAACAAACAACAUCUUAUUCUUCAAACAGUCAAAAUUGAAGAAAAUAAAAAUAAUCCAUCAGAAAUUAAUAAAUCAUGUUGGAAUCGUUUUACAACUUCAUUGAAACGACCAUUUCUACUUCUUUUAUUCAUCGCUUAUGCUGCUAGUUAUCCAUCACUUCGUGAUAUAACGGCAGAUGAUGAAGAAAACAACAAUGGUUUAGAAUUAAAACUCCGUUCACUUUUAAAUGAACUUGAGGAUGAACAAGACAGUAAUGAACAAAUGGAACGAUCAGUUUCAUCAGAUGAAGAUGAUGAUGAAGAUUCUUCAUUUAGCAAACGACAAGUUAAAAAAGAAACAAAAUGUGAAAUUGAAUGCGUUCAUAAAGAACGAUUUCCAUCUCGCGGCAAAGGCAAAACAAUUAAAGAAGCUGCUAAAACUUGCAAAAAUAAAUGUGUCAUCCCAGGCAAAAAACAUGGCGGAAAACAUGUCGCCCCAAAAAAGCCUGGUCAUAAAAUGAGUUUACGUGAAUUACUUGAUAAUGAUAGUAACAGCAGUGAAGAACAACAAAAUGAUCGUCGAGAAUUUUAUGAUUAUCUUAUGGAACAAAUUCAACGUAAUAAUAAGGAAUAA